AUGAUGAGCACAUUUUUUCAACGAGCUAUUCUAUUCAUCGUAGUAGUGUUUGCACUGUUUAUUUCAAACACACAAUCACAACCUUUAAGUCAAGCAGAGUUGGAUUCGGUGAUAUGGAUCAUCCAACAGUACAAAGUGAAUGCUCCGAUGGAUCAAACCCUAUGUAAUAUGCCAAGUUGGAAAGAUUAUUUUGUUUGCUCUGGAGGUCAUUUAACCGAUUUACGAAAUUUACCGGGCACACAAAUCGAAACCAAUGGAAUGCCAAAUGCAAACCUUGUACAACUCACAUUGCCAGAAUUGAAGACUAUACUCAUCAAUCAAGUUAAUUUUACAGUAGCCGAUCCCGCCCAAUCUUUAUACGACAAACUACCAACUAGUUGUCCAAAACUAGAGAUGAUUCAGUUAAUGGGAGACCCAAGUAUGACCAAUUUCCCAAACAACUUUGAUUUAAUAGCGCCUACCACUCUUCAAACUGUGACGAUUUCCUUGCCCUAUCAUCAAUCGAUCAAAUUGCCUAGUCAUCCAUUAGUUUCAAUUUUGGAAGUAUAUGGCAGCGACAAUGCAACAGAAUUUGUGAUCGAUGAUACAGUAUUACUACCCAAAGCCACGCUGCUUGGUUUUGGUAUACCAAAUGGCGGCAUUAAUAAUAAUAAUCUUCAAUCAAUUGGUAACUUUACCGCCAAGUCAUUCCCAGCUCUCACAGCAUUAUAUCCAUCCCUUUUAUUUUCCACACCUCCCGUUCAAUUAAAUAUUGAUGUGCCUACCCUCACCACUCUAGUAUUUCAAGAUGGUGGUCAAGUACCACCCAAUACCAUUGUCCAUUUCAACAGUACUCAAUGGUUGACUGAUUUAACUUAUUUUGGAACUGAUACUACAUUUAACCCAGGUCUUACUACUUUUCAGAAUCUAAAAUCAGUUACUGUUGGCAAAUACACUUCCCCUCUCUACCCAUUCUCACAAGGGUAUCCCCCAAACAUUGUAAGUGUGAAUUUGCCACUGUCAUCCAUCAGUACCAUAACACCUACUCCCAUUCCUUCAUCUGCUACUAGUUUAGAUUUAACUGGAAGUCAAGUUGCAAUGCCAAUUGAUUUCAAUACAAUAUUACAAAACACUACUGGAAACUUAGUUUUAAAUCUUCAAAAUAAUGUUCCAUUGUCAGGACCACUCGAUCUAGAGACUUCAUUGUGCAAGUUGAAACUAUUGAAUUUGGGUGGGACUGGUGUCACAAAGAUUCCAGAUUGUUUUUGGUGUUAUAAAAAUGAACCAACUACAAGAUUUGUAGUACCAGCUUUAGUUGUCAUCCCAGGUGGAUUUAACUGUCCAAUCACAUUUGAAAGUACCAAUAUAGCAACUAUAUUCAAAAAGGCUAUUAUCAAGGGUAAAAAUCUUGGUUGGGGUGCAAGUGUUGGUGGAAAUACUCUGGUUGCAAUCGUUCCAAAUGAACAAAUAGAGGCUACCCUCCCUGGAGUUGUAACUGAUGGUAUACCUCAAACAAUCGAUAUUCAGUUUAGUAAUGAUUAUCCAACAUAUAAAUUCCCAUUUAAUGUUGUAGAGGCUGGUUUCAUUAUUUCAACCACAACUGCCAAUCAAUCACCAGACCGUGUAAUGAUGAUCACAGUUACAUUCUCUACAGUCAACACCUUUAUUAAUCAUUAUGCAUCUAUAAAUGGUGUAUUGUCAACAACAAAUUCAAAUGUUGGCAGUACUUAUCAAUUUGGUUUCUUGGAUCUUCCAUUUGGUACUUACAAUGUUAAUAUUUCAAAUGAUUAUUAUUCAAUCAUUGCUCCAAAUGUUGAAUGUACACAAUCAUACCCAAUUGUCAAUACUAUUGUACCCGAUCCUGUUAUUAAAUCUGGAUCGAACAUUCAAUUCAAUGGUAUAUUUGGAACAUAUCUCACCAGCUCAUCAGUCACCAUUCAAAAUAGUAACAGUCAAUACAACUACUCGGUGUGUUCAAUUACCGAGUUUACAACAACCAGAAUAUCGUGUAAGGUAGAGUCACCAAUUUCAAGUGGUCUUGCUACUUUUAAUAUCACUGUCGAUGGAUACUCUAUUCUCGAGCAAUUCACUAUUCAAUCAGCUCAACAACAAUGUGAGAGUAUCACUAAUCAUUGUGCCAAUAAUGGUGUUUGUACUCCAGAUGGUGUUUGUGUUUGUAAUGUCAAUCAAGGUGGCUAUUAUAAUAAUUGUUCAAAACCAUACCCAUUUGCAACGAGUGGACAAGUGAACGAUCAAAAUACAACACAACGAUCGAUUAGUUUAUUUGGUGAUUUUGGACCCAAUGCACUGACCAACUCAUCGGUUAGAAUCAACAACACAAUGAAUUGUAUUAUCGAUCAAUUAGAAUCAACUCAAUUCACCAUUCAAUGUCAACUUGAAUCAUCACCAACCAUCUAUGGUCCUGCUUCUGUUCAAUUGAAUGUUGAUGGAUAUUUAUUUGAUAGCAAAACAUAUCUUAUUAGAUUCAUUAAACCUUCGACUGGUGGUUCAACUACUUCAUUAACAACUUCAGUUCCAACAACAUCUGGAGGAGAAACACCCAAGUCACCCAAAGAAAUAUGUUCAGAGACCACUCAAUAUUGUUUUGGACAUGGAACAUGUGAUGACAAUGGAAUAUGUCAAUGUCAAAGUGGCUUUAAUCCUGUUGAUAAUUGUUUGACUAAAUUUGCAGACAAUACAACCUAUGUUCCCAAUCCAGAAUCACCAUCAACAAAUAUCAGUGUAGAUGGAGUUGAAUUUGGAUUCGAUAUAGUUGCCAUUCAAGAAAUAGGAUUAGACAAUGAAAUUGUCAAGGAACUAUUGACCAAUAGUUGGAUAUCAAAUAUCACCACCAACAAUACAUUUACAGAUGCAGUCUACCAACUAGUAAUCUCCAACACAAGUAUCUUGGCAGACACACAAGUAACAGUCAACAUAACAUUCUCAACACAAUCUCGAAGCAUCACAUUUGGCAACCAACAACUAUUGAUCAAUCCCAAUUCAAUCAAAUUGGCAGUAUCUAUCAACGGUUGGGAGUACUCAUCGAAUGUAGCAACACUCAGAGUAGUAUUAAAGACAACAACCAACAACCAACAAUCAAUCGAAUAUGAUUGCAAAGAGACAGACAUCUCAUCAUUCUCAUACGAUGACUAUGGAACACUUCAAUACCUCAGAGUACUCAAAGACAAUGUUCAAUUCAACGGGAGAUUCAUUGAUUUUGCAUUAGCAGAUGGUCGAACAACCUAUUCACAAACACUACUCAUCAACCAAACCCAAAUCAAUUCCAAUCAAUCGUCAACAAUGAUAGGUAUCACACUACCACAAUGUCAAUCAUGUGUACUCGAUCCCGAUUUCACACCAUUAUUAGUUGUCAACGAUAAAGAUGGUGGUGAUUGUUCAUCAUCGGAUGACCAAAAGUGGAAGAUAAUCGUUGGAUGUGUUGUUGGUGGUAUUGGGUGCGUUGCCAUCGCCGUUGGAUCAACAAUCUAUUAUAAAAAGGCAAUGCGUACAAAGAAAUACAACAAACAGAUGGAGGCUAAAUUACGAUCACUUUAA